UCGGAUGCAGAUGUGACCCUGGGGUCGGUGGACUUCAAGGCUCGCUGGUGACCAUCUCUGUGUCCGCCAUCCCGCUAGGCCUUGGAGACUCGGGCCAGCCCUGGCCACACCCCAGGCUGUGUCACCUUCGUCCUGAAUGACCACAGCAUGGCCUUCACUGGCGACGCCCUGCUGAUCCGCGGGUGUGGACGGACGGACUUCCAGCAAGGCUGCGCUAAGACCUUGUACCACUCGGUGCACGACAAGAUCUUCACGCUCCCGGGCGACUGUCUGAUCUACCCCGCGCACGACUACCAUGGGCUCACGGUGUCCACGGUGGAGGAGGAGCGGACUCUGAACCCUCGGCUCACCCUCAGCUGUGAGGAGUUUGUAAAGGUCAUGGCCAACCUAAAUUUGCCCAAACCUCAGCAGAUAGAUUUUGCCGUGCCAGCCAACAUGCGGUGUGGGGUCCAGAGCCCCCCUUCCUGAGCACAUCUGUCAGGGGCCCAGGGUGGGGGAGGGGAGAGCUGUCACCCCCCCACCUCUCUCCUCCCCAUUUCUACCUCCCCCACAAGCCCCUUGAGCUUCUGAAAUAAAGAUACUUGGUUUCUUUUGGCCGUGAA